AAUUUCCAAAAAUUUUUCAAGAGAUCUGUCAAGAAUUUUUUCAAGACCAUCUGUUUAAGCUUAAAGAGAUUUGUACAAUUAAUUCUUAGUGAAAAAGAGGAAGAUUUUUGUUGAAAUCACAAUGAAUUAUCGUGACUCAAGACGCAAUUGUGGUCCUGAGACAGCAACUCCUAUAUACGUUUUGAAGUCUCCAUUCAACGAGAAAGAAGAGUUUUUGCUGAAUGAUGGGAAGAGAAGUGAUGACCGUGCUCCAUUGGAGGUCAGAAAAAUGUAUUUUGGAGUCUCUAACAUCAGUCAAGCAAAAGGUUCUUCCUAUGUUGAGCUUGGCAGUACUAAAGUGGUGUGUGGCGUGUAUGGUCCCAAGGAAAUGGCCCCAAGUAGUAUCUUCAAAUCAACAGGUCAGGUAUUGUGCGAGGUGAAAGUGGCGCCAUUUAGCUCCUACGUUCGCCGGUCUCCAGUUCCUGACCGACAAGUCAAGGAGCUUAGCAUGCAAGUGAAGGACGCUCUUGAAGCAGCUAUUAUUUUAGAAGAGUACCCCAAAGCACAGAUUGACGUAUUUUUGACAGUAGUUGAAGACAGCGGAGGCGUACUGGCAGCGUGUGUCACGGCUGCCAGUCUCGCACUGUGCGAUGCUGACAUCAGGAUGUACGACAUAGUCGUAGCUGCUUCCGUUGCUUGGUAUAACGACCGAAUAUACCUGGACCCGUCUAUAGAAGAGGAGGAAUGCAUAGCCCGAGCUGGGGAACGCUUGGCGACUAGCAAGAGUUCUGCGAGCUCUACAGAAGAUGAGUUGGAGGGCAGCAACGGGUCAGUGACGGUAGCCCUGAUGCCACUAUAUGCCAACGGGCAAGUUGCCACCAUGGUUAUGUCAGGAUCCGUGACUGCCGCUAAACUUCAGGAUGGUUUGGAUGCAGCUCUCGAAACGUGUCGUAAAGUUUAUGCAAUCGCUAAGCAGGUAUUAAUUCAACGCGUUUCUGAAGCUAAACUGCCUGAAAAAUUGGAGGAUUGAGGUUACUGGUUACAAUAAAAUACUGGUUACUG